AUGGAUAACUUCACUCCACCUUUAACCGUUUUGUGUCAACAAUUAAUGGCCACCAUCCUGGACCAACCACAGAAGUCACAAGGGAUAUGUUUAUCAUUCACUAUACAUAAUAAAGAAUUUAGCGAUCCAUUCCCAAAGAGGGACUUCAUG